GGCAGGCGAGCGGCGCGCUGGCUGCGCGCACCCCGCACACUGCCAGGGAGGGAGGGAGCGAGCACCAUGUGCCGGCCAGCGCUCGCCCGGCUGCUGCUCCUCCAGCUGCUGCUGCUGAAGCUGCACCUCGGCAAAGGCGCCGUCAAGGAGUGCGAGAAGGACCAGUUCCAGUGCCGGAACGAGCGGUGCAUCCCCGCCGUCUGGAAGUGCGACGAGGACGACGACUGCUCGGAUAACAGCGAUGAGGCGGAUUGCCCAAAGAAAACUUGUGCUGAGUCAGAUUUCACUUGUGACAACGGCCACUGCAUCCCAGCCCGGUGGAAGUGUGACGGUGAAGAAGAAUGCGCUGAUGGCUCCGAUGAAUCGGAAGCAGCAUGCACCAAGCAAGUAUGUCCAGCUGAAAAAAUUAGCUGUGGGGACUUAAGCAACAAGUGUAUCCCAUCAUCCUGGAGAUGUGAUGGGCAGAAGGAUUGUGAAAGUGGUGUUGAUGAAGCUGGUUGCACCCCAGCCUGUUCUCCCAACGAGUUCCAGUGCAGUAACAAGUCGUGCAUCUCCACCAUCUUCGUGUGCAACGGCGACGACGACUGCGGGGACGGCAGCGACGAGAGGAAGUGCUCCCCUCUGACCUGCAGCCCCAACGAGUUCCAGUGCAACAACAGCGUCUGCAUCCCCGAGCUGUGGGUGUGCGACAGCCAGCCCGACUGCGAGGACCAGUCGGACGAGGCGGCCGAGCGCUGCGGCUACGCCGGCAGGGCCUUCAACGCCUGCGCCGCACACGAGUUCCAGUGCGCCAACGGGGAGUGCGUCCACCUCAACUGGAAGUGCGACGGCGACGAGGACUGCAAGGACAAGUCUGACGAGCAGGACUGCCCUCUGGUGACCUGCCAGCCUGAUGAAUUCCAGUGUGGGGAUGGAACCUGCAUCCACGGGGCAAAGCAGUGUGACAAGGUGCACGACUGUCCUGACGACAGCGACGAGGCAGGCUGUGUGCAAGAGUCAGCGUGUGAGAGUCCCAGCAAGUUUCAGUGUAAGAGUGGCGAGUGCAUUGACGGAGGCAGAGUGUGCGAUUCACAUAGAGACUGCAGGGACUGGUCUGACGAGCCUCUGAAAGAAUGUGGUGUCAAUGAGUGUUCCAUGAACAACGGUGGCUGCUCCCACAUAUGCAAAGACCUGAAGAUUGGGUACGAGUGCGAGUGCCCGCCCGGGUACAAGCUUCUGGAUAAGAAAACCUGUGGAGACAUAGACGAAUGUGAGAAUCCAGACGCUUGCAGCCAGAUCUGCAUUAAUUACAAAGGGGACUACAAAUGCGAGUGCUACGAGGGCUACGAGAUGGACACCCUGUCCAAGAACUGCAAGGCUGUAGGCAAGAGCCCAUACUUGAUCUUCACCAAUCGCCACGAGGUGCGCAAGAUAGACCUGGUGAAGCGCGACUACUCCCGCAUCAUCCCCAUGCUGAAGAACGUGGUGGCGUUGGAUGUGGAGGUGUCAACCAACAGGAUCUACUGGUGUGACUUGUUCUACCGAAAAAUCUACAGUGCCUACAUCGACAAAGCGAGCGACACGGCCGAGCAGGUGACUCUGAUAGACAGCCAGCUGAACUCUCCUGAGGGACUGGCAAUAGACUGGGUUCAUAAGAACAUCUACUGGACAGACUCUGGAAACAAGACCAUCUCAGUGGCCACUGCAGAUGGAAGCAGGAGGAGGACACUUUUCAACAGCGACCUCAGUGAGCCGAGAGCCAUUGCUGUUGAUCCCACACAGAGGUUCAUGUACUGGUCUGACUGGGGAGACAAAGCCAAGAUCGAGAAGGCUGGACUGAAUGGCGCGGGGCGGCAGGUGCUGGUGACCGACAACAUCGAGUGGCCAAACGGCAUCACACUGGAUCUGCUGAAUCAGCGUCUCUACUGGGUAGACUCCAAGCUGCAUUCCUUGUCCUGCAUUGAUGUCAAUGGCAGCAACAGGAAAGUCCUCAUCUCUUCUGUGGAUGACCUGAGCCACCCCUUCGGCCUAGCAGUGUUUGAGGACAGGGUGUUCUGGACUGACCUGGAGAAUGAAGCAAUCUUCAGUGCAAAUAGGCUGAAUGGCUUGGACAUCUCCAUUUUGGCAGAAAACCUCAACAACCCUCACGACAUUGUGGUGUUUCAUGAGCUAAAGCAACCCAAAGCUCCAGAUUCCUGUGAGCUUAGUCCCCAGCCCAACGGAGGCUGCGAGUACUUGUGUCUUCCUGCACCCCAGAUCUCUCCCCACUCUCCCAAGUACACCUGUGCCUGUCCUGACAACUUGUGGCUGGGUCCUGACAUGAAGAAAUGCUACAAAGACCUUCCAACUACUUCCACUACUGUACUGGUUCCUACAACUGCAGCACCACGCAGCACUGGUACCACAACCAUCACAGCUGUCCUUGGCAGUGCCAGCAAUGCCACCAACGGCAUCCCCAAAGCUGUGUCAGAAGCUACCAUCACCACCCCCACUUUUCAUUUACCAUCCACAACAUCUAUCCUGAUAGACUCUGAAAUGACCACUGGAAACAGCAAUUUAUCCCAGCACUAUGCAAAUAAUGACCAAGGCUUUGAUUCAACUGUGACAGCAGCUGUGAUUGGAAUUGUCAUCCCUGUGGUGGUCAUUGGCUUGCUGUGCAUGGGGGGAUACCUCAUCUGGAGGAACUGGAAACGGAAGAACACCAAAAGUAUGAAUUUCGACAAUCCAGUAUACAGGAAGACAACAGAGGAGGAAGAUGAAGAUGAAAUCCACAUUGGGCGGACUGCCCAGAUUGGACACGUUUACCCAGCACGCGUGGCGUUAAGCUUAGAAGACGAUGGGUUGCCGUGAAGAGGAAGCUGCUGCUCCAGAUACCACACUGAACAAAGCGACAUCGGAUCACACAACCUGCUUCUUUGGGUUUUGUGGGUUUGGGUUUUUUUUCCUUUUCUUUUCUUGUUUUGAUGGUUAUUUAUGUUGCAGAAGGGUAACCACAAAGUUAUAAUGAACUGCAAACAUCCAAAGGAUGUGAGAGUUUUGUAUGUAUAAUCUUUUAUACACGUUUUAACUUGUUGCACUACCCAUUUGUGAUAGUGAGUAAGUGAACAGCUGAGCUACUAACUUGAUGUACAUAACCAGCCAGGCUGAAGGUUAGGUAGCUUUGCUUUCUUUGAAGACUUAUAUUUAUAGAUAUUUUGUAAAUAUGUUGAAUAUGCUUUGUGGCUAUCCAUCAACAUAAGUACAACAAAUCCUGUACAGGUGGUUUAGAACUAUUUAUUAACAAAAUCUGGGUUAUAAGAUCUGCUCUGUAAAUACAGUAGAAGAGUGAGAGUAUUUAUUUUUUGGUAUGUUUGGCUUGCUGUGCAUAGAUUAUCUGUGUAUAUAUCUAUCUAGACUAGAUAGAUAUAUAGGCAUAUAAAUAUAUACAUAUAUAUAAAAGAUAUAUACAUCUAUUUUAAAACUACUAGCCUAUGUUUAUGAACAUUAGGGAUAAUUGAAUUUUUACAGGAUAUUUGAGAAGCUUGAAAUCUAAGGACACAAAGUCAGAGCAAGCUGCAGGGUGAGACAGCUGAAGCGCUUCUGUAACAGACAGAGCUGCUGCUUUCUCAUCUGGCUCCUAAAGGGCUGCUUUUGCAUUUCACUGUCCAGGAAGAUCCAUCUGCUGCGCUUGCAACUGUAGAGCUGCUGCCUACAGCAGUUCAGGAGCAACUCCUACAAUGCCCAGUUUUUUUCUGUUGUAUUGUUGCUUUUCACAGCCUGGUACAAAUCUGAUUUAAGUUCUUGGUUGGUUUGUCGCUAAAUGUAAAUCUAAAUGCUUUUCCCCAGUGGGAGUCCUGCACCUCUCAAAAUUAGCAGGAACAAAGACUAAGCCAUACAGACUUGCAUAAUCCAAAGUGAGCACUGUCAGCUGGCUCAUCAGGACAUGAAAACCAACACAGUAACGGAAGUUAAUUCCUUCCCUCCUUGCCCUCUACCCUGCUCACACUGAUCAAGUUCACAUUGAGGAGAUGCUGUAGGGCAGUGUCUUGGUUCAGCAUAUGCAGCGAUUCCCUUCCAGAUGCUGCCGUUACCUCUUAGUCCAUCCCCCGCACCACAGUGCAUCAGGUGAGGAGGCUAAAGGAGAGUGAAGAUUCACAGCUUAGCAGAACAAUCAUUCAUUCUAUAAGAUUCCCAGGGAGUUCCAUGGGAAGUGAGUAUACUUUCCUAGCAUAAUAGACUAGCACCUCUUUGAACUCUUACCAGAAGCCACAGACAGCUUCUCAGUGUUCUUCCACCAGUCCAAGCUUUUGUAUUCCAGCAAAAGAGCUGAUUCUUGACUAAGAAAAGGGAGACAGCCCUAGUCUGCAUUAUGACCAUAGUGUGUACCCUCAACUUACACCAUGGCAUCAAUACCCAACAUCAUCCCAGUCCAAGUCUAGAUUUUAAAGCAGUGGAAAAGCUGAGCUACAUAAUUACUGUUUAAGGUAUGAAGCUCUGUUUCUGCAAACCCAUGCACUGUGUGCAUGAAGAAGAACAGCAAGAAGAGGCUAUAUGUGAUCACUGUAACUAACAGAGGACUGUAAAUAGCUUUGGAAGUUCUACAGUUUUGAUACUUUUUUAAGCACACAGAGGUGAACAGACCUGUACAAACCCUGUAGAAAAGGCUGCCCUUUUUUCAGGCCACUGUAAAUGGACGCAAUGUGCAGUGCUGACUUCAGCCUUUACAGAUUUCUAACUACUGAGAAGUCAAACACCAAAUCUGUUUUGUAAGAAAUUAAUUAUUUUCAAUAAUGGUUUGGAUUGUUAGGGUUGUUGUUUAACAUUGUAAUCAUUUCUGAUCUCUGUCUUUGUCACGUUGCAGUUCUGUUAGAGUAAGUCCUUGCUUGGUGCCUUUUGUGUUUCAGUUUUUCUGUUAGGGACAAAAGGAGCAGGGAGGGGUGGGGGUGUGCCGAGUGUGACACUUGCUGUACUACCAUGGAGGAGGAGACCUGCAAACCAAAUCACACAUUUGUACAACAGUGCACUGUUUCUAGAGAAAGAUUAAAUUUUUUUAUCUGGGA